AUGAAUGAUGGUAGAAAGAGCCUUCCAUAUACUCCGUAUAUCAUGUAUGUCAUUGAGAAGGUUACAAAGAUCUCUUUCCCAAAGGAUUGUAUUCAUGAGUCCUACCGUGUAAAAAUGAAGGCAUCCUCUAGGCCAUCUCGUGGUUCAAGCUCAUCUCGGGCAGCCCCGCCUCUAUCUCGUGCUUCCUCUUCACAAUCUCAUGGUCGUGGCUCUCGUGGUCAUGGCAAGUACAUCAAAAAUAUGCUUCGCUCAAUCUUCUCUAUGUGCAAGUAUAAUGUCACAGAAGUGAAUGAGCUAAGAAGAGAAGUAAAAGAAAUCAAAGGGUAUUUAGAGCUCCUCACUUCCCCUCAUCAAGAAGUGCCUAAUUUUGGAGAUCCAUUUGCCGAGUGGGAGGCAGCGGAUCAAGAAGAAGAAGAAGAAGAGGUUUCUCCUCUGGCUCCCCGCUCUCGCCAUGCUCGCUCUACUCAUGGUGAUAUAGAAGAAAAAGAAGAAGAAGAAGAAGAAGAAAGCGAACAAGAGGGUGAUUAUCAAGAAGAUGAUGACAAUGAGGAUGAGGACGAGGCUGAUGAUAAGGAUGAUGACGAGUAG